UCCUCAUCCUCUAUCUUCACCAUGUCGCUCCUCCGUCCUCUCCUUCGCGCCUCGCCCCGCGCCCUCGCGCAGCAGCGUGUGGCGGCCGUGCCGCAGCUCGCGCGCGGCUAUGCAAGCCCGAGCAAGACGGGUGGCGAGUACCACAUGACCGUCUUCGACAAGUUCGACCCCGAGGACCCCAUGCGCGUCGAGACGCUGCUCACCGAGGAGGAGGUGGCGAUCCAGGACACGGCACGUGCCUUUGCGCAGGAGCAGCUGGCGCCCAAGGUCAAGCAGAUGUACCGCGACGAGUCUUGGGACCCGACCAUCCUGCCUGCGCUCGGCGAGUGUGGUCUGCUCGGCCCCACAAUUGACGGCUACGGCUGUGCCGGCGUCAACAACGUCUCGUACGGCCUCAUCGCUCGUGAGCUCGAGCGCGUCGACUCGGGCUACCGCAGCAUGAUGUCGGUGCAGUCGUCGCUGUCCAUGGGCGCCAUCAACCAGUUCGGAUCGGACAAGCAAAAGGAGCGCUGGCUGCCGGGCAUGGCAAAGGGCGAGAUCGUGGGCUGCUUUGGUCUCACGGAGCCGAACCACGGCUCGGAUCCGAGCCACAUGGAGACUACGGCGGAGGACACGGGGGAUGGAGAGAUUGUGCUCAACGGCAGCAAGACGUGGAUCAGUAGCAGCCCGUACGCCGACAUUGCCAUCAUCUGGGCACGGUCGAAGUGGGACAACAAGGUGCGCGGCUUCCUCGUCGAGAAGGGCACGCCGGGCUUCUCCUGCCCGCCCAUCAAGAACAAGCUGAUGCUGCGCGCAUCCGUCACCGGCUCCAUCUUCCUCGACAACGUGCGCGUCAAGCGCGACGAGUCGCUCCUCCCGCACGCUCGUCCGGGCCUCGGCUCUCCGUUCGAGUGCCUCAACAGCGCACGCUUCGGUAUCACCUGGGGCGCCGUCGGUGCGCUCGAGGCGUGCGUGAAGGAGGCGCGGCAGUACGCUCUCGACCGCAAGCAGUUCAACAAGCCGCUUGCGGCCUUCCAGCUCGUGCAGAAGAAGCUGGCAGACGGCGCCACGGAGGCGUCCCUGGCGCUGCUCGCCAGCUUGCAGCUGGGACGUGCCAAGGACAAGGGCGAGUGGAGCCCCGAGAUGGUCAGCCUGGUGAAGCGCAACAACUGCGGAAAGGCACUGUGGAACGCACGCAUUCUGGCCGAGAUCUUUGGUGGCAACGCCUCGUCAGACGAGUACGCCAUCGGCAGACACGUGGCGAACCUGCACGUAGUCAACACGUACGAGGGCACGUACGACAUCCACGGACUCAUUCUCGGCAAGGGUCUGACCGGCGAGCAGGCCUUCUACUGAGCGUCGUGGUGUGUAAUGCAUCGAUGGACCGCAUAGAAGAGCAUGCAGAGAAAGGGUGCAGCGGCGCAGCCUCAGGCUGGGCGAGUCAGCUCUCUGCUGCGGCACGGUCUCUCGACACCGCAUCGCCCACGCCAGACGUCCAUCUGGUCCGCUCGGCCAGUCUGCGGCGAGGUGUUCCUCCACUCUCCUCUCUCUCAUUCGCGCAGGCAGAGAACAGCAGAUGCAUUGGGAUGUUCAUACAGAUGAAGCGGGCGAGUCCUUCAAAGACAAGCCAGGCGCAGGUGCCAUGCGAGGGACCCCUGCGAGUGCGUGCGCGUCGGCGCCGUCUCGCCACUCAAGCGAUUUCCACAUUCUUCUCCUCCUCUUUCAUCUGCUCCUCCCUCUGCUCCUCCCUCUUCUUCUUCUCCUCUUUCCUCCUCGAAUGGCGCUCCCGCCGCUCCUUGUCGAGCAUCUGCAUCUCUCUCUCCUCUUCGUCCUCG